AUGAAGCGAUCAUUGUGUGCUUUAGUGGUGGUAUCAGCUGUGUUAAAGGUAGACAUGUAUAAAUGUUGUCCAAUACCCCAAUUGUAUUCUGACGAAGUUUUAGACAUUUGUGGCAUUGAGAAAAUAAAAGAAGAUGAAGAAUCUCCGACUAAACGAAGUCCAACGAAGCACUGUAAAUUCAUAGACGAACCUGAAUGCAAAGAACUACAGGCACAUGUCGAUGAAUGCAGACCUUAUUACCAGAAACCAAAGGAACAAGACAAAAAAAUGGCUAAGAAAGGCAAGAAAUUCAGUACAGUAGAAGAUAUUGCAGAUAUUUCUAAAUAUUGUGAUUUGAAAUUGUCUGUCAACUACCAAGUAUUUGGUCAACGAUACGAUGGUUUAUUACCUCCUGUACCAGAAAAAUGUUUUGGAACUACAGAAAUGCAUUAUAGGAACUGCUGCGUUUUCCCACCAUUCUUUACUCGUGAGGUUGCUAAAGAGUGUGGAGGACAAAUGGAAGUACUAUUUGUUGACCAAAAGAACAACGUGACUGGCUACAGAAGAAAAGCCUUCGAUUGUGAAUAUUGGAAAUGUGUUCUCGACAAAUAUGGUCUUCUAACCCAAUAUGGCGAUUUAGAUGAGCAGAAAUUCUAUUCUCACCUGGAUCUCUGGGUGUCACUAAAUCCCAUGUUUACUGACGCCAUGACUGAAGCCAAAGCAUUUUGUAAGGAAACCAUAAGACCCUAUCUACCUUUAAACGCCUGUGAAUUUUUUCAUCAUCAAGGAUGCUUCAGAAAUUAUUUGAAUGUGUUCCACAGUUUUAUUUUCCUCAUAUAA